UAACCAGAUAAAUCCGUCCGUGCUACUAAAAAGUGACAUGGCUAACACUGGGCAGUAUCUGUGUCAAAAUGUGUGUCACUUGGCUAAUCAUUAGAUAAUUGGACAUCGAAACUGUUUUUUUUUAGCGACAAGACAAUAGCAGUAUAACAUCUGUUAUGCUAAAUUAAUGCUAGAUAUAUAAGAUAAUAUCAACGUUAUUGUAUUUGUUGCAGUAAGGCCAGUAUUUCAGGCACCAAUAAAUGUGUUAUCCAACAGAGCUUUUAUUCCAGCAACGUUUGAACUUCCCGGCUCCUUGUGGGAUCUUUUCAAUGUCUGCAGGAAAGCGGAUUACUAAAUCACAUGACGCUAGAGUGUGACCGCCAUAAACGUCUACCCCAGACACCACCAUCCUCGUAGCUACAAGCGGCAGUCUGUAGAGUAGGGCUUCUUGUCAAUUUAGCCGAUUUGUCUCGGCUAACUAGCUACCAAAUCACAUUGGUUAGGGGCUAACGUCUUCGUGGUGCACGUCACCCCCGGCGUAAGGCCGCAACACUGAAGAUGGACGAGGCCUCUCUCACGGUCAACAAUGAGCUGGACUCUGAGAUGUUCGUAAGCUGGCUGUCUGACCACUGCUAUCAGUGUGUGUACCAGCCCUUGGGUGUGGUGCCAGCCAGGCCAGCUCCAGGCGUGCCCAGUUCUGUGGACUUCACUGUGGGUACACAGCAUGGUAUCAACCUGCAGAUGAAUAGUAGUGCUUUAAACCUGGAACUGUGCACGGUUCAGUUCCACUUUGGGGAGCAUGGCAACUAUUCGCUCUGGGUAAAGAACCUGAAUGACUCCUCAGUGGUCAACUGCUCCCUGGUCACUGACACCGAACCAGUCAGCAGUUACCUUCCAAUCCUGAUCGCCUUUGUGUCAUUGGCCGGACUGGCUAUACUGUCUGCUAUUGGAAGCACAAUCAUGAGGCUUGACACUGUGAAGAAUUUAAUGUUACGUUUGGGAAACUCCAUGGAAACGGAGAGACUCAUCAACUCUGAGCUGGGAUCCCCGGGCGGAAUAGUGGAGACCGCCACGGACAGCAUCCUCCCUAACCCUGCUUCUCCCAUCCGGAGGCUCCGGUCCCUGGACACGUUCAGAGGGAUUUCCCUGGUCAUCAUGGUGUUUGUGAACUACGGAGGUGGAAGGUACUGGUUCUUCAGACAUGAGAGCUGGAAUGGACUCACAGUUGCUGACCUGGUCUUUCCGUGGUUCGUGUUCAUCAUGGGAACGUCCACAUCGCUGUCGGUGAGCUCGGCCCUGCGCAGCGGCCUGACCCGGUUCUCCCUCUUCGCCAAGGUGUUGUGGAGGAGCACACAGCUCUUCCUCAUCGGAGUCUUCGUCAUCAACCCCAACUACUGCCAAGGACCCCUAGCGUGGGACACUCUGCGUAUCCCCGGUGUUCUCCAGCGUCUGGCGUUCUCCUACCUGGCGGUUGCUGCUCUAGAUCUGUGUGUGGCCAGGAACCGUCUGGACAACCUGCCCGAGGAUGCCUGGUGGCACUCUGCUCGUGACUUCCUGCUCUACUGGCCGGCCUGGUUGUGUGUGGUCGUCUUGGAAACGGUCUGGCUGUGCCUAACCUUCCUGCUGCCCGUGCCCGGCUGCCCAGGUGGUUAUUUGGGCCCAGGGGGUAUCGGAGACAUGGGUCAGUAUCCAAACUGCACCGGGGGAGCUGCUGGAUAUGUAGACCGCUGGCUGCUUGGGGAGAAGCACAUCUACCAGACCCCCUCGUCAAGGUUAAUCUACAUGUCUCACAUGCCUUUUGACCCGGAAGGAGUUUUAGGCAGCAUCAACUCUGUCCUCAUGGCUUUCCUGGGACUUCAGGCAGGCAAGAUUCUGCUCCACUACAAGAACCAACAUUCCAGCAUAAUGUCCCGAUUCCUCAUAUGGGGUCUUGUACUGGGAGUCAUAUCAGCCACUCUGACCAAAUGUUCACUGAACGAAGGCUUCAUCCCUGUUAACAAGAAUCUCUGGUCUCUGUCCUAUGUUACCACCUUAGGGUGUUUUGCCUUUGUGUUUCUGGUUCUGGUUUACUACACUGUGGAUGUCAGGAAAUGGUGGUCCGGUGCCCCCUUCUUUUAUCCAGGUAUGAACUCAAUCCUGGUGUACGUGGGUCACGAGGUGCUGGAGGAGUACUUUCCAUUCCGCUGGCGUAUGGCCAACAGCCAAUCACAUGCUGAGCACCUGACACAGAAUCUGCUAGCCACUUCCUGUUGGGUCCUCAUCUCCUUUGUGCUGUACAGGAAGAAGAUCUUCUGGAAGAUAUAAGGGUCUCAAUGUCUUCCGGUUGAGAAAGACAGAGGGGAAGUAUCUCCGUCAUUCCUCAAAUAAUCGUUUGUUCUAAAGCAAUUCUGGGAGAUCUAUAUCUGGGCUCCAUCAAGUAUUAUUUAAGUUCCUUCUGGAUGUUCUAGAGCCAGUCCGGGAUCUUAGUACUCUCCACCUAUGUCAUUUAAAGGUCCCCAGAGGGAAUUAUGCAGCAAAGGGUCGCAAUCUUUCAUCAGUUCCUUGUGACCUCCAAAGAUUCUGUGUCUCUCACCCUUUGUUUCCUCCAUCCAAUCCUUGUGUCCUCCUGGAAUGUUGCCGAUGUUUUGAAAAGGGAAUGCCAUCUCUCAGGCAGACGACAGACAAAUGACAUUGCCCUGGAAACCUCGACUCCCGUUCUCUGCUCCAGCAGGUCUUACGCUAGGCCCUCGGGCCUGCUCCGCGCGCACAUGUCAGCCUAAUGCGGACACUCCAUUCAGGAAGGUCGCGGUCACUGGGGUUCGUGUGAUCGACUUGUGGAGUUGAACUGGACUGCUCUGAAAGUUUCGACUGUGCUGCCAAGAAGCCAGUGAAUGUCAUGGAAAGCCACAAACCUGCUGGUUUUGAUUUGUGCUUCCUUAAUGGGAUCAUGCAGGCAUCCUUAAUGGGAUCAAAUCAGCUGAUGUUGAAAGUGUGACCUAACGCGUAAUAAUUAAUGAAAUCGCAUCUCGCUGGCAUUUGUCCAACUUUAUAAUUGCCAAAGUCAUCAAGGUGAUCAAUGUCGGGGUGACUCGUCUGAUUAAGACACCAACAUAAAGCAAAGCACCCUAAUUGGUCUGCAUCCCAAAUGGUACCCCUAGUCCCUAUUUGGUGUAAGGGUUGUGCCCUGCACUCCAUCAGUGGUGCAAAUUAUAGGAGACAUGGUUGAAUUUGGGAUGGAACAAUAUCCUCAUGGAGGUCAUUUUACUGUACAAUGUCUCAAAUUACGUUGUCCAGGUGUAGACUAGUUAUGCAACACUGGUGUCAGUACAGCCUCUGAACCACCAUACUUCUUGUUUUGACUAUAUCCUGUCCCUACUGCUAGUGUUUCUGUUUAAUAGUUUGCUUAUGAAUUUAACUGUAAAUGUGAAAAUUCAAUGACUAAGCCAAUGCAAAUGAUGUUAUGUAUACUUUUCCAUCCUUGUGAAUGAAUUGUAUCAAUAGCUUUUUAAGUAUGACUAAAAGAAGAACGAUUUGUUGAUUGGAUACAUCAUGGCAUGCCUUUACUUCAAUGUUUUAUACAUUUUGUGUAUCUUUUAUGAUUCCAUUGAAUUAAAUUGUUUGAAAAAUUAUUAAAUAUUGUUGUCUUA